AAAUGAAGACCAAUUUUGUAAUAGCGCAACAAAAAAACUGAAUAAAACGACAAACAAAAGGUUAUUUUUAAAUGUCAAUUGUUCGCAAACCACUACAAACGCGGCGCAAUGCAUAUUUUGUGGCUCAUUUUGCCGCAUAUUUUAAUAGUUCCGCACCAAAUACUUGGUUUGAGACACACCAACAAAGUGAAUGAAGAAACAUACCUGGGAUAUUACAACUACGCCGCCAUGACCGACCUUCUUCAGAGUUUUUCUCUCAAAUACUCGCAUAUUUGCCGCCUCGCGAGCAUCGGACAGUCUGUCGAGGGAAGGGAGCUUUGGGUCAUGAGAAUAACAACGAAUCCGAGUACGGACGUACCGGGCAAACCCAGGUUCAAGUAUGUGGGAAACAUCCACGGGGACGAGGCUUUAUCAAGGCAGGUGUUAGUGUAUCUGAUUGAGUACCUGUUGACUCAGUAUGGCCGUGAUGGGAGAGUGACGGAGCUGGUGAACCGAACGGACAUCUAUAUAAUGGCCAGCAUGAAUCCUGACGGAUUUGAGCGCGCGUUGGAGGGUGACUGCACUGGAAGUGCUGAAGGCCGCGAGAAUGCCAAACAUUAUGACCUCGACAAGAGUUUCCCAGACCAGGAUAAGCCCUCCAGCAAGACUUCAGAUGAUACACCGGAGGUCACGGCUGUUAUGAGAUGGAUUCUUGAAAAAAAGUUUGUCUUGUCUGGUAGUCUACAUGGGGGCUCGGUGGGGGCCAGCUUCCCUUUUGAUGACAGUUCUUCUGCAAGCCCAGGGCUGACAGCCGAUGAAGACCUAUUUCACCAUAUAGCACUAACCUACACUGAGAACCAUCCCAUUAUGAGCAUGGACAAUCCUGACUGUCCGGUUGAUCCUAACAAAAGCUUCGGAGACGGGGGAAUGCAGGAUUUCAACUACCUCAAAGGGAACUGUUUUGAAGUCACUUUUAAAUUCAGCUGCUGCAAGUAUCCACCAGCUUCUCAGCUUUACACAGAGUGGACCAACAACAAGGAAGCCCUUCUUACCUACAUACAGAAAGCUCAUAUUGGUGUGAGAGGUUUCGUAAUGACCAGAUCAGGCUUUGGUCUCCCAGAUGCAACAAUCUCUGUUUCUGGAAUUGAUCACAACAUCACAAGCUGGAUGUUUGGUGAUUAUUAUCGCCUGCUGCUCCCUGGGAGAUAUGACAUCACUGCUAGCUCACCUGGGUACCUUUCAAAUACUGUGAAGAAUGUGCCGGUGAUCGAAGGCAAAGCCACACUGCUAAACUUCACUCUUGAGGAACCGGUAGAGGAAAUGUUAAUGUUAGAUCACUCUGAACGACACAUGGUGACCAAAGAAGAUCUGAGCACACCAGGGCCUCCCACCUCAAAAUAUCCAAUCCAGUCUUUGGAAUUCCAAUAUCAUAGUUAUGAUGAAAUGGAGAUGAUGUUGCAACUGUUUAGUGCUAUCUAUCCAUCCAUCACUUAUCUGAACUCUGUUGGACGAUCAGUGCAGGGCAGGAAUCUUUAUGUGAUGGAGAUUUCCACCAAUCCUAGUGUUGGUCAGCAAGGCAAACCAGAGGUCAUGUUUGUGGGUAACCUGCAUGGAAACGAGUUUAUCGGUCGUGAGAUUCUCCUAAACCUGGUUGAAUAUUUGUGCCGCAAUUAUGACAAAGAUCCAUUGGUCACGCGUCUGGUCAAUAGCACAAGAAUUCACGUCAUGCCUUCCAUGAACCCAGAUGGGUAUGAAUUCGCGCUAAAAGCUCACAAGGAACGGGUCUCAGGAGACCGGAGUAUUAUUGGACACAGUAAUAGUCACCGUGUUGACCUGAAUGCAAAUUUCCCUGAACAGUCACAAUCGAAGAAUACUGUUGAAGCAGAAACUCAAGCAGUGAUAAACUGGAUCAAGGCCCAUUCCUUUGUGCUGUCUGCAAGUAUACGUGGAGGGUUUAGGGGAGUCGUGUAUCCGAGUUCCAUUGACUCCACUGAUGAGAAAAUGUUUAAAUCCGUUGCAGAAGCCUUUUAUUUGCAAUCUCAGGCUUUUCAAGAGCCCCAAUCUUGUGACGUGUCAAGAACCAGAGAGAAAAAAGACACAAAGCACCGUCGUCCUGUGGUUACAGGAACUGAUAUGCUGACUUGGGCGUAUCAAGGCACUGACACUUUAGCCGUUAGCAUUGGUCUGAGCUGUGAGCUGCUCCCGCCGGAGGAUUCGCUCUCAGAAUACUGGGAGAAGAAUCACAAAGCGCUCUUACAGUUUAUACAGCAGGUUCAUAUGUUUGUGAGGGGUAUGGUGACUGAUGGUCAUUCUGGCAAAGGCAUUGCUAAUGCCACGGUCGUGGUGGAAGGCUCAGGUCAUCAAGUCCAUACCAGCAGCACAGGCCAAUACUGGAGACCCCUGGCUCCUGGUUCUUAUCAUCUCACAGCCUCUGCUCCAGAUUAUACUCCAAUGUCGGCUUCUGUCCGGGUGUUGAAGUCUCGGGUGGAGCAGGUGGACUUUAAGCUGACCAGAGAUGCAUUGCAGCCAUCUAGAGUAGAACAGAAGGACUUUGAGAAACUGGUGGAGCAGCUUUUAGUCCCUGGCGGGCUGGAUCAGAUGGUCCGCGGCCUUCUUCCUGCUCAGACCCUGGAGUACCGAACCUACAGGGAACGCUCCGAGUUCCUGAGAGGACUGACAUUAACCUUCCCUCGCAUCACACGGCUGUACAGUUUGGGUCAAAGCACUGAGUUCAGAACUAUAUGGGCCCUUGAGAUCGCUGGCAAUUUGAAGAUGUCUCAACCUGCCGAGCCCAAGAUCCGUUUUGUGGCUGGAGUCCAUGGUGAUGCGGCAGCAGGUCCAGAGUUGCUGCUCGAGUUUGCUUCUGUUCUCUGCCUCAACUAUCGCAGGAAUCUCGCCAUCACCAAGCUGAUUGACCGGAGCAGGAUCCUGAUUCUCCCGUGUGUGAACCCUGAUGGUAGGGAGCAGGCACAUGAAGGAGUCUGCUCUUCCAGUGUGGGGCACACCAAUGCUCGUGGAAUAGAUCUGGAUACUGAUUUCUUCUAUGGUAAUAAAUCAGUGCAGCCAGAGACCCGUUCAGUGAUGGAUCUGAUUUAUGGAGGGGGUUUCUCUCUCUCAGUAGUGCUGGAGGGAGGCUCUCUGCUGGCCACGUAUCCAUAUGACAGACCUAAUCAGCAUGAACAAAACGAGGAGACGUUGAGAUAUUUGGCUUCCUUGUAUGCCAGAAGUCAUCCUUUCAUGCACUUGGGUAACAUGAAAUGUACAAAAAAGUCAGAGAAAAUCCCAGGAGGGAUCCUGAAGGGUGCGGAUUUCAGUUCUCACACUGGCAGUAUGAAGGACUUCAGUUUGGAUGUGGGUGUUUGCCCUGAGAUCACAGUGUACACUGGCUGUUGUUUGUUCCCACCUGAACAUCAGCUCUUCUCGAUGUGGAUGGAAAACAGAAUGCCUCUUUUCCGCAUGCUGCUGGAGGUUCACAGAAGUCUGAGUGGUUUUGUGAGGGACAGUAAAGGCCGCCCGGUGUCGGAUGCUGUUGUGAUGGUGAACGGUUCUGUGACUGUUCAUGCUGACAGUCAGGGUCACUUCACCACUCUCGUGGCUCCAGGCACACUUCAGCUGCAGGUUCAGGCCCAUGGAUAUCAGCAAGUGCUCCAGCAGGUGAAUAUAUCCUCAGACAGAGUGACCAGUCCCAUUGUGAUUGACUUUACAGCAGACGGGGCUCCCCUCAGUCGGGCAGUGUUUGUCAUUGCCACAGCCUCUUUGAUGAGCAUCUUGAUCUGCGCUCUCCUCAUCUGGCACCUUCGCUCUGCCAAGUUCAGCCGCAUACGAGACGGGGUUCGUUGGUUGCGUCGCAAGAGGGAAGACCUCCGAAUGGAGGCGAUGGCUUCAGAGAAGUCACCCUUGCGAGAGGAGUUUCUGGAUGAGAGCGAGAGUGAGGAUGACCCUUUCUUUGUGGAGCCAAGAUGAAUGUACUGUCACAACGUUUAAGAAUAAAACGUCACUGUCUUUAUGCUCAGUAAGUCAAAUGACUUGUUUAUACACUUU